UGAGGGCAGAGUGCACGCGGAGGGGAUUUUCCUUCUCCCGGAAGAUAAACCAGUAAAAUACACUGGUUGAGUGUUUAAGGCUUGGGGUUGGUGUGGAAAAGCGCUGGAGCUAAGGGUUUCAGCUCCUCGCCCCUUGCUGUUGCAGCGAUGGGUUACCUCAAGCUGCUGGUGAUGAAGGAUUUCAAGUCGUGGCGGGGGCAGCAGGUUAUCGGCCCCUUCAUGAAGUUCAGCUGCAUUAUCGGGCCGAAUGGAUCAGGUAAAUCUAACAUAAUGGAUGCUGUUAGUUUUGUGAUAUGCGAGAAGACGUCUAAUUUGCGAGUUAAAAGUGUUCGAGAACUUAUUCAUGGAGCGCAUGUUGGAAGACCAGUUUCUUCUACUGCUAGUGUGCAGAUGGUAUAUUGUGAAGAAGAUGGGGAAGAAAAAACAUUUUCAAGAGUUAUCCGUGGUAAUUGUUCUGAAUUUCUUUUCAAUAAUAAGUCUAUCAGCCGAUCUGCUUACAUAUCUGAACUUGAAAAAAUAGGCAUACUUGUCAAAGCUAGGAAUUGCCUGAUUUUCCAGGGAACAGUAGAAUCGAUUGCGAUGAAGAAGCCACGGGAGAGAACUCAACUUUUUGAACAGAUCAGUAAUUCAUGGGAAUAUGCUGAAGACUAUGAACGAAAAAAGAAAAAAAUGCAGCAAGCAGAAGAGGAUGCACAGUUUAAUUACAACAAGAAGAAAAGCAUUGCAGCAGAACGCAAGCAAGCAAAGAUAGAGAAACAGGAGGCAGAGCAUUACCAGACACUUAUCAAGGAACUGGACGAAGAAAAGAUAGAGUUGCAGCUUUUCAGGCUUUAUCACAAUGAAAAAAACAUUUACUUUCUGAAAAAGAGUUUGGAUGAAAAGAGCAUGGAGGCUAGUCUCAAAAAAGAGUCUCUUUCUACAGCAGAGGAUGCAUUUAGAGCCAAGAAGAAAAGGCUUGGUGUACUAAACAGAGACCAGCAGAACAUGGAAAGAGAACUGAAGACUCUGGAAGCAUCGCUGAUUCAGCAGAGACCCCUCUAUAUAAAAGCAAAGGAAAACACUUCCUACCAAAUCAAGAAAGUAGAAAUGUCAAAACAAUUGCUAAGGGACAAGGAGAAAUCCUGUGAUAAGGAAAAGCAGAACAUAAAAGAACUAGAGACAGAAUUAAAUGAUAUUGAGAAGGCAUGGAGAGCAUUUGAGAAGAAAGCUGAAGAAAUAUUGCAGAGAGCAGCAGAUACUGAGCUAGGAGAAAGUCAGUUGGAGCGUUACAAAGAGCUAAAGGAAAUAGUAAGAAAGAAAGUAGCUACUCUAAACCAGCAGCUAGAAAAGCUUCGUUGGGAGCAAAAAGCAGAUGAAGAAAGGCUGAAACUUAAUUGGAGGAAGAAAAAAGAAGUUGAGGAAAACAUAAACCAGACUGUGGAACAGGUAGAAGAGCAUAAAAAACGGAUAGAGAAGUUGGAAGAAUAUGCCAAGAUAUGCACUGAAUCAUUAGCAGAAAAAAAGCAGCAAGAGGAAGUACUAACUAAGGAAAUCGAAAAUGCAACAAUACGAAUGGCUGAAGUGAAUGAAGAAUUGAAUAAAAUAGUUGGUGAGCUGCAGAAUGCCAGAAUGGAUUACCAUGAAGGAAGGCGUCAGCAAAUGAGAGCAGAGAUCCUGGAAAGUCUCAAAAGACUAUAUCCGGAUUCUGUGUUUGGAAGACUGAUCGACCUGUGUCAUCCUAUUCAUAAAAAGUACCAGCUUGCUGUUACCAAGGUAUUUGGCAAAUAUAUGACUGCUAUUGUUGUUGCCACUGAAAAAACAGCAAAAGAUUGCAUUCGCUUCCUAAAACAAGAACGAGCUGAACCUGAAACUUUUCUUGCUCUGGAUUACCUCGAUGUUAAACCAAUCAACGAAAAGUUAAGAGAGAUAAAAGGAGCUAAAAUGAUGGUGGAUGUUGUACAAACUCCAUUUGCUCCACUGAAAAAAGUGAUUCAGUUUGUGAGUGGGAAUGGCUUGGUCUGUGAAACAGUUAAAGAAGCAAAACAAAUAGCAUUUGAUGGACCAGUGAGGUUGAAAACAGUGGCUCUUGACGGAACUUUAUUCUUGAAGUCUGGAGUGAUUUCUGGAGGAUCAAGUGAUUUAAGAUUUAAAGCUAGAUGUUGGGAUGAUAAAGAAAUUAAUACAAUGAAAGAAAGAAGAGAUAGCUUGAUUAAUGAGCUAAAGGACUUAAUGAAGAUCAAACGUAAGGAGGCUGACUUGAAGCAGUUGUAUGCUCAAUGCCAUGGAACACAGACACGACUUAAAUACUCACAGAGUGAAUUAGAGCUUAUUAAAAAGAAACAUCUCGCUAAUCUCUACACGGAGAAAUCAAAACUGGAAAGUGAACUGGUAAAUAUUGAGUCUCAGCAUGAUAUGCUGAAGGAAGCAGUAGCACAAAGAAAAGAAAAAAUAGAAGAAUUUCAGAAAAAAAUUGAUGAGGUUGAAGAUUCUGUUUUCCGGGAAUUCUGUGAAGAAAUUGGUAUAGAAAAUAUUCGUGUGUAUGAACAAGAACAUGUGAGACAACAAGAGGAGAUUGAUAAGAAAAGACUGGAAUUUGAAAAUCAGAAGACACGACUAAAUAUUCAGCUGGAAUAUAAUCGUGAUCAUCUACAAAAGUUAACAAACACUGUCAGCAAGUUGAGGGAGACUGUUCAUAAAGAUGAAGCCGAGAUUACCAGGCUACAGAAGGAUGAGGAAAAGCUUCUAAAAAAAGUGAAUGAAAUUGUGGAGGAGUGGCAACAGUUUAAGGAUAGAUUAAGUGCUCAUAAAUCCGAGGUUACAAAAGCCCAAAAUGAAGUUGAAGAGUUCAGAAAGACAUUAUUAACUCUUAAUAGAGAAGCUACAAAAUUACAAAAAGAAGCUACAACUAUAGAAACUGCUCUGGAAGAGAAAAGAUUGAGACGACAUAAUAUGCUUCUCGAAUGCAAGGUGCAGGACUUGAAAAUAAAGUUCCUAUCUGGAUUACUGGAUGACAUCAGUGAAGUUGAGCUGGGACCUGAAACAGAAGACACUCAGACUACAUCCAGUAUCUAUGAAAGGGAAGAGGCAAUUCAGAUCGACUACAGCAGCCUAGCAGAAGACCUGAAGGACCUAGAAACUGAUAAAGAUAUACAGGAUCAUCUGAACCAGAUGCAACAAGAAAUAAAAUCUAAAGAGAGUACUUUAAUGAAGACAGCUGCUCCAAACCUGAGAGCAGUAGAGAAAUUACAGAUAGCUCGGGACAAGUUCCAAGAAUCAAUAUAUGCUUUUGAGACCAGCAGGAAGGAAGCUAGAACAUGCAAGCAAGAAUUUGAACAAGUGAAAAGAAGGAGAUACGAGCUGUUCAGCCGGUGCUUCGAGCAUGCCUCUGUAGCUAUCGACCAGAUCUACAAGAAACUUUGUAGGAACAGUAGUGCUCAGGCAUUCCUUAGUCCUGAAAAUCCUGAGGAGCCUUACCUGGAAGGCAUUGGCUUUAACUGUGUGGCUCCAGGAAAACGCUUUAUGCCAAUGGACAGUUUGUCAGGAGGUGAAAAAUCUGUGGCAGCCCUGGCCCUUGUGUUUGCUAUACACAGUUUUCGGCCAGCACCUUUCUUUAUUUUAGAUGAGAUAGAUGCUGCCCUGGAUAACACAAACAUCGAUAAAGUAUCAAGUUUCAUUAGAGAGCAGGCACAUGAGCAGUUACAAAUGAUAGUUAUUUCUCUAAAGGAAGAGUUUUAUUCCAAAGCAGACGCAUUGAUUGGAGUGUGUCCAGAGCGUGAUGACAUUAUGUUCAGUCGAGUCCUGACUUUGGAUCUUACAGAGUAUUCAGACACUGAUGACCAGGAAAGAACAGAGACGCACAAACGCAGUUCAGAAUAAGGUGUGGAUGAUUGCAGGGCCAGGUGACAACAGCGGCAACUGUGUUUACAGGUGCCUGUUAUAAAGCUGAAUCUGCAUGUGGCCAUUAGAGGUUGUUAGACAAAUGUUUCCCUUUCAAAUGAAGCAGUUUUCUAGAAUGUUGAAGUAACUGUUAUUCAUUGAUACAGUUCUGUUAACAAGAGAGUGCCAGAUGUUGUUCCUGAAGUGCAGGUAAGCCUCUCGCUUUUCUCAUGAACAGUAACCUGCUUAGCCGUAUCCCCAGUGCACUGCUUAGACGCGCACUACCACUGGUCAAGACCUUUUGCAGUCUGGCUCUUCUAUACUGCAGCUCCAUCCAUCUGCCUUCAUAUAGGAUUAUUUUCUGUUUCUUAAAACAAGUUACUGGAAUCUGCCCGUUGUCUCAGGUGAUUCCUGUGCUGGCCAGUAAGACUUCAGUCUUCCGCUGCAACCUUAUGAAAAUACUAGUUACUUUACAAAAGCACACGAUACGUCUCUAUAAGCAUUAUGCAACCUGGAGAUAUUUCACCUGUGAGGUAUUUCACCCCACCCAAAAGUGGAAGAAAUAAAACAGCCUUAGAAAAAAGUCUGUUGGUUUGCAGUUAAGACUGUUAUUACCUAGUUAUCCCAGUGAAGCCCAGUUUAUUUUGAUGGCCAUGCUUCAUCCAGGGAGCCAAGUUAAUGAAGUUGGUUAUGGAACACUGAGAGAGGCUGAAUCACUUCAUCUGGCUUAUGUUUCACCUCAGUGUAUGCUGAAGAGCUUCAUUUGGUUUAUGGUUGUUCAUAAUUAGAUCUUAUGUUCAUAUACUAGCUUCCUUGUGUAAGCAGUACAGCGGACAUCUACUUUGUAAUGUACCCCUGAUACUGUGCUUGUUGCACACAACUGGUGUCUGGUCAGGUGGGGUUGCUGCAUGGAAAGGAAUGAUGUGAGCAGUAAUAACAGGUUCCUCUGGGAAUGUUUCAACAAUGUAAGUGUGCCAACUUAUAUUGUAGACAGAUGUAUGUCAAAUAGUAAUGUUACUGCCAUAGUCU